AUGUUUUGCUAUGAACAUCAGAUUACUCUCUCACAUUCUUUUGAUUACUUUCCACAGGGUAAUGGAUUGGCAAAAUCAAGCAACAAGAACCUGGUUGCGAUUAUUGAAAAGCUGGUGGAUGAAAAUGCUCGAAACUUGCAUAAGAAGUUAUAUGAAGCUUUGUGGGUAGAUAGAAUCACACCUAAAAGAGCCAUUGGAAUGGCACCUUUUGAGCUUGUGUAUGGGAUCGACGCAAAAAGUUCUUUACCCUUGGAAUUGUCAGCAGCCAAGCUACAGACAACAGUGGAGGAUUCUUUCUUUCAGAAUGCUCUAGAGAAGAGGGUUAUGUACCUAAUGAAGCUGGAAGAAGAAAGAGAGAUGUUGGUGGAUAGAAUUACAGAGCAUCAAAGUAGAGUGAAGAAUAUUUUUGACAUGAGAGCUCGUCCAAGAAGUUUCCUUGAAGGAGAUGAGGUAUUGUUAUGGGAUAAAUGGAAGGAACCAAAGGGUGAGCAUGGUAAAGAUAAAAAGCCACCUCAGGUUAGACACAAGCCUAAUUCAACUUUGGAUUUCUGUACUCCUCGACAUACCCGAUCACGAAGUGCUGCUUAG